GGAGAACUAAUUGAUUCUUCCAGUGGAGCAGGGACUGGUUCACUGUGACGAUCUGAGCUCCACCAUGUCCUCCCAGCAGAGCGCGGCUUCCGCCAAAGGCUUUUCCAAGGGGUCUUCCCAGGGCCCUGCUCCGUGUCCUGCUCCUGCACCCACAGCCUCGUCUUCCUGCUGUGGCUGCUGUGGUUCCAGCGGCGGUGGCUGCUGUGGCUCUGGAGGCUGCUGUGGCUCCAGCGGUUGUGGCUGCUUCCCCAGGAGGCGCCGCCGACAGCCUCGAAGAGGGUGCUGCAGCUGCUGCGGCGGUGGCAGCCAGAGCUCCAGCAACGUCCAGAGCCAAGGCUGCUGUGGUGGCUGCUGAGGCCCCCGCCACCCUGUGAGCUGCUUUAGGCUGCCGCUGAGCCCUGUUUCCCCACCCAAGUCCC